AAUGGCAUCGCAGUCAGAGAGAGGAGCUGAAGAGCCCAAACUUGAAGAAAAUGAAGACACCGUGUUGUCUAUGGUUGAAGUGUUGCAGGAAAGUGAAGAUCUAGAGGAAGAAGCUACAGCUGUACUAGGAGACAGUGACGAUAGAUGCUGCACUUACCCUUUGGGUUACAGAGAAAGGCAAGCUUUGUAUGCUUGCACAACAUGCACACCAGCUGGUGAUGGUCAGCCAGCAGGAGUGUGCCUUGCAUGUAGCUACGAGUGCCACGAGGGACAUCAGAUGUAUGAACUUUACACAAAAAGAAACUUCAGAUGUGACUGUGGGAAUAGCAAGUUUGGAUCAAUGACAUGUAAGCUCAUUGCAAAUAAAGCAGAUACCAACCCGGACAACAAAUACAACCAGAACUUCCGCGGUGUUUACUGCAUAUGCAGCAGACCUUACCCAGACCCCGAGGAUGAGAUUGAAGAUGAGAUGAUCCAGUGUGUUGUGUGUGAAGAUUGGUUUCAUGGAAGGCACCUUGGUGGAGUAAGUGUCCCAGACAGUAAUGACUUUCAGGAGAUGGUGUGUGGCCGAUGUAUGGAGGGGUCCUGCCAUUUCCUAUGGUACUACAAUAUCACCAGUAAAGAAGUGAAAUUAGAGACCGAGGACUCAUCGGCUGUUGUGGAAGUGGAGGAAGACUUAAAGACUGAGCCACAACAAGAAAUUAGCCAGGAGGACCAGAAAAAAAAUCCUGUGAGUAGUGACGCCAAACCUGUAGCAAUAAAUACAGCGAGUAACGGCUCAGAAAGCAACAUCCUGCCUGAUAACUCUAGUAACGUCAACUCAUCAACCUCGGCUGUAGCUGAAGCUCUCCCAACAACUACCGAACAAACAAUCAAGACUCAAGCCUCUACUUCUUCAGAGACCUCGCCCCAAGAGAAGCUCUCCACAACCCAUGCCGGGACCUCUGGUGAAGAGAGUAAAGCGCAGCUGAAUGGGCGAAGCGACGCAGAGGAUAAAUCUGUGGAUAGCUGUAAGCUGAAUGAGCUGAAACGGCGAGAGAUUGUCAAGAAGGGACAUGCCACUUUCUGGCCCAGCGGCUGGAGAAGUAAACUGUGUACAUGUCUGGAGUGCAAGAAAUUGUAUGAGAGGGAGCAGAUAUCCUUCUUACUGGAUGAAUUUGAUACGGUAUCGGCCUACGAGGAACGAGGCAAAGUAAAACAUGCUGGCUCAUCUCAAUACCAGAGGGGCAUGGAUGCCCUGACUACAUUGAAUCGCGUGCAACAAGUGGAAGUACUUCACGGAUACAAUGAUCUGAAGACAUCUCUGAAUGACUAUCUCCAGAGUUUUGCUUCUGAGGGCAAGGUGGUCAAAAGACAAGAUAUUGAUGACUUCUUUUCUGACAUGCAAUCUCGCAAGAAGCAACGUGUUGGCGAUUCAGGUAUCCAGCACUUCUGCAGAUGAUAGGAUCAACCGUUGACAUUCUUCAACCACCUCGACGAACACUGCUAUGUUAUUUAUAUUUUGUUGGUGACUGAUGGCAUUUUGAGGCUACAAUCUGUCCCGUGACCAUGAUGAUUGACACAAUCGUCAGAUAUUAAUUUUUGUUUUUUUGUUUUUAAGUUCAAUUCACCAGGGUCUCAUUUUAUAGAGCUGCUUAAGCACAACAAAAUUAUGCUUACCGGUGUGGCGGUUUCAGUCUUCCGCCGUGUUCAAUUUUCCGGGACUCAGUACAGCACUAACAUUUGACUACUUUCGCUUGCUGUGCGCAGGCGUCGCAUGACGUAAUGUUACUGUAUUUGGUCAUUCGGAAAACUGAACACGGCGGAAAGUUGAAACCGCUUCACCGGAAUCAGGAAACCAGCCAAGUUACCAUUCCAAAUCUAUGACUUGUGACUGGUAUCCUGCUCAUGUAUGCUAAGCGGAAAAUUGUUGCUCCUUAAGCAGCUCUAUGAAAUUGUGCUGGUGUUUAAAACACAGCUAGCCGGUCUGCUAAUUUUUGUUUAAUUUACAAAAUCUUAAGUAAUAUAUGGAGCAAGUCCGUGGUUCACUGCUUCAAGUACAGAUAAAGAACAAACAGAUAAAGAACAAAUUAGCACGUGUUACCCUAAUCUGAUACAGCAAUGGGUGAUGGCCAUUUUAGUAUUUAUUUACGCCAACAAAGGCCAUUUUGAAAUAUUUCAGUUGAUGCGACUUGGCAUGAGAUAUCAUUGGCUAAUGCUACUGAGUACUCUUCUUCAGCUGCAGUUGUAGUUUUGGAGGCAGUCUGAAUUUAACAUGGUGUAUUCUGCACUUGUUUGUUCUUGGGGAAAAAAUAAUGUGCAAUUUUAAAGGCUAAAACAAAAUUAGCUGUUGCAAAUUGCUUACCAAUCAAAAGGACAUUGGUAUAAAUGCACAAAAUAGUUAAUGGCCUGAUAAUCCGACCCUAGCAAAGUCUUUCUUCUAUUCAAAAGGUGAUAAGGAAAAACUACUUUUUUGGCGAUUUGAAAUAUCUUUCCACCUUCCUCAAAAGUAAAAUUUUCUUCUCUUUGAAAGAAUUACCUCGUCUUGAAUUUGAAGAAGAUUUUGAUUUUGAAAAACACUUUGCUUUUUUAAUUUAGCAGGAAUAAACAUGAACCAUGUGUGGGAUAGAACGAGGGUAGUUUCCCUACAGUAGUGAAGUGUAGUACUUUUUAUUAUCAGGAAAAACAUGAAUGAAAAGGGUAUUUGAGUUUUCAGUGAUUCUUAAAAACUAUAAAACAAAGACUGUAGUCAAAAGUGGACCUUUAUUCACAGCUCAAAUCACUGUUCCUAAUUGUUAUUCUUUUCCUUUGCUAUUGCUUAAGUUGAGUUUUGUUUUUGCGCAAGUUAAAACUAAUGUGUUGUUUAUUAUCUGUUUUACAACUCUUGUAACAGCAUCAAUGCUGGUUAAAAAUGUUGAGUUCAAAAAUAUUCUAUGUAGGCAUAAAACUUAACCAACUUUCAGUUGUGUUUUGAUUUAAUAGUAAAGCUACUGCUUGCUCUCGAGCAUUAAAAGUUUAUAAAAAAACAUGUGAAUCCAUUGUGCUAUUUUUCAUG